AUGGCAUUAUUUCAAGAAACAAAGAGACCUGGUAUCAUUGAGGAGUUUGUCAGAUCUUGUUGGCCUGGUGAUCAGAUGGCAUAUAUGGCUGUGGACUCAGAGGGAGCAGCUGGUGGUUUACUGUGUGUUUGGAAUCCACAAGUCUUUCAACUCCUGGAUUGCUGCAGCAACAGAAACUUUAUAAUUUUGUCAGGUACUCUUUUCUCUAAUCUAGCCUGUGUUAUUGUUAAUGUUUAUGGCCCAACUGAUGGUGCUAGCAGGAAAAGACUAUGGGAAACUCUGAAAAAUUUAAAGAAAAGUUUUGUUGCUCCUUGGUGCUUGGGGGGUGAUUUCAAUGAGGUUAGAUAUGCUUCUGAGAGGGCGGGCUGUUCUCAUAGGAGUGGUGGUAUGAAGGACUUUAAUGAGUUCAUAGAUAGUAUGGAAGUGUGUGACCUACCAAUGUUGGGGAGAAAGUUCACCUGGUGUAACUCACAGGAAGGUGCCAAAUGGAGUAGGCUGGACAGGUUUUUCCUCAGCCCAGAUUGGUUGCAAAAAUUUAAUUUGAAAUUAUGGGGUUUACCAAGAAGGCUAUCGGAUCACAGUCCCAUUUUACUGAUGGAAGAUGAGAGAGAUUGGGGCCCAAAGCCUUUUAGGUUUCUAAAUGCCUGGACCCUUCACCCAAAUUUUAAAAUUUUUGUGCAGAAAGUUUGGGCUGAAUCGCACAUUAAUGGUUGGGCUGGAUUCAAAUGUUGCCUCACUCCUCAUCUCUUCUUCCUUCAAAAUUGUACUGCCCCUCCUUUUCCUAUUACUGUUAAUGCUGCUAAUGGGUCUGGUAUGUCUGUUAUAUCUGUUGAGUCUGUCUUACCGUCUGCUAUGUCUGCUGUCUCUAUUCUAUCUAUCCUUUAUGUUCUUUAG